GAACUCCGCCCCUAAUACCCCUCCCUCCGCGCGUUUCUCACUAUUGUCUUUACCGUUCGAAUUGACAGAAGCCACAUGAGGUAAUAGCGCUCAGGAAAACGCGUUUAAAGUAAACAGGAGGUGAAGACUGGAGUCUGCAUCUCCACAAUAUUGUGAUGCAAGACAGGAUGUGACAUCAGCGGAUGUAAGUCUUCUGUUUGUGCGGUUUGGGCAUGAGUGGUGAGCCCCGCCCUCAUUCGCCCGGCUGACCAAUCAGAAUGUUCGAGGUGAAACCAAUGAGUGUGGAGAAGAAAGAAACAGCUGUGGGAACAGAUGAGGGCAGUAAGGUGUGUGACACAAGCGGCUGCGAUGAAGACUCUUUAUAUCUGUAUGAGGGUCAGGAUUGGGUCAUCUCGCCCGCCUGUUCUCCGGUGGAACCCAGCGCUCUCUCACCAAUGCUGGCUGAGGAAACCUUUCGCUACAUGACAUUUCUCGCUGUGGGUUCCUCUUCAUUUCCUCAUAAUGGUUCUAACAGUCAAUCUAAAGUUCUCAGCUCUGACCGGGUGGAGCAGAUGACCAAGACGUACAAUGACAUUGACGUGGUCACACAUCUUCUGGCUGAAAGGGACCGGGAUCUGGAAUUGGCCGCUCGGAUUGGUCAGUCUCUGCUGCAGAGGAAUCAUGUGCUCCAAGAACGAAACGAAUCUCUGGAGGAGCAGCUAACACAAGCUGUAGAUCAGGUUCAUCAGCUUCAGCAUGAAUUGAGUAAAAAGGAUGAACUCCUGCGUAUGGUCGCGAGUGCCAGCGAGGAGAGCGAGACCGACUCCAGUUGCUCCACUCCGCUCCGUCACGCUUCAUCUACAGGAGCCGCUUUCGCCCUCGGCCAGCUGGAAGCGAUGCAGGUCAAACUGCAGGACCUGGAGGAGGAGAACCACGCUUUGAGAUCAGAGGCGUGUCACUUGAAGAAAGAGACCUUCACGUAUGAGGAAAAAGAGCAGCAACUAGUGAACGACUGCGUGAAAGAGCUCCGUGAGUCAAGCAGUCAGAUGGUGACCCUGACAGAGGAGCUCUCUCAUAAGAAUGAGGAGUUAUUGAGACAUCAGGAGGAGAUUGCACAAUUACUCUCACAGAUCGUAGAGCUCCAGCAUCGAAUCAAAGAGUUGGCACUAGAGAAGGAAGAGUUAAGAGUUCAUCUACAGGCAUCAAAGGAAGCACAACGACAACUGACUGCUGAGCUGAAGGAGCUGGUAGACAGAAAUGCAGAAUGUGUGGGAAUGCUACACGAAUCUCAGGAGGAGGUUAAGGAGCUGCGCAGUAAGAACACGCCAUCUGCAGGCCUGCGCAGACACAUGCCUUAUGGACUGUACCCUAUGGAUUCUUUGGCAGCUGAGAUUGAAGGCUCGAUGAGGAGAGAAGUGAGCGUCGAGGAGGAAAUCACCUUUCAGGACCAAAGGUCGGCCCAUAAACGCGUGUUCGAGACCGUGAAAUCAGUGAAUAAGUCUGUGAUGAAAGCCGCCGGGCCACCCAUCCCUGGCUCCGCCCACUGCGGUGUCAUCAUGACAGCGCUGCCCCAUCAGUCACACACAGAGGAUGGAGCUGUACAUCCGGACGGCACCAAAGAAAGCUCUUAUCUGGGUCAGCCCGGUUCUCCUGGAGGAAACGACUUAACGUCCGCCAUACAUCGGUUGUCUCUGCGCAGACAGAACUUUCUGUGCGAGCGGCAGUUUUUCCAGGCCGAGAGAGAACGGAAGCUUCAGGAGCUGGCGGCCGCCGAGUCGGAAGGCAGCGGGAGCGGAUGCAGUUCGCCAAUGGGAAGCACAGUUUCUUCUUUCACCAACCUAUCAGAGUUCUCCUUCUCCUCCAACUGUUUCAAAACCUUUCUCCCUGAAAAACUGCAGAUUGUGAAACCAAUGGAAGGUUCUCUUACCCUUCAUCACUGGCAGCAGCUUGCUAGACCGCAUCUGGCCACUAUUCUAGACCCUCAUCCAGGGGUCGUCACCAAAGGCUUUCGUCCUCUCCCGCAGGAUGCCAUCUACCAGCUUACAGAUCUCGAAGAAGAUGAAGACCAAGAGAAGACAUCAGGGGAGCAUAAGAGGUGGGAUGAGAUGGCACAGGGUGCAAAGACCAAAGCGGAAGAUGAGGAAGAGGAGGAAGAUGGAGGGAUCACGUUUAAUGUACAGUCGUCAUCCACUCCUGAGGAGAAGAGGGAGAGAAGUCGUUCCCAGACCCCGAACAAUGUCCCGCCCCUUCUUGCGUCCCUCAGGAAUUCACCUGUGCCCAUAGCAGCGGUCGUUUCCAUAGCAUCAGCAGUUAACCAGAUGGCUAGUUCUGGAUCGGCGGAGAGCUCUGGAAUCUCUGGGCCAAUGGUUCCCACGCUUGACCUGAAUCUCGGGUCUAAAGCGCCCUCUCGAGCAGUUAAUCCCGGAAAAUAUCAGAGCUCCACCUUUUCCACAUACACCUUCACUACCUGCCGGAUCCUGCAUCCUUGUGACAGCACACAAGUGACAUCUAGCUCUGCAUGUAGUCCUUCAAUCGGUGAUUACACCCCAAGUUCACUUCGGACCGGUCCCAGUACUCCAGUCACACCUUGCAGGUUGAGUCUGGGUGACUCUUUCCCCAUCCGCCGCCCUGCACCGCCCCCCGGUGGACUAGCUAAACUUCUUCUGGAGAAAGGCAUCUCUGCUCAAGGUCCCACAGCUGUAGCGGCACCAAAAAAGCCCCUUUCUCCACGUCUUCUUCCGAGUACCCCACCCAACUCCCCCUCGCAUUCGCCGUGCCCCUCCCCGGUGCCUUUCGAUUCGCGGACCACCUCUUCUGACAACUUCCUGGCGUCCCGUCCCGCCGAGCUCUUCCUACAAGAUGUUUACGGGCUGAAACUCGGUCGCGCCCCCAGACCGGAUCUCCUGAGCCCCGACCGAUCCCCUCAAGAGCAGGCAAACAAACCCGAACGGCACAGCGUCAACCUCGUUGAGCAUCUUCGUAAGCUAGGCUUGGAUAAAAAAGUCCUCCGAGGUUCUGACGCCGAAGGUACCCGUAUGCAGGAAUCCUCCACGUUCCUGGCAACGGGAGGAGGGAGUUUACUGGACGGGCUUCGGCGGAAUCAAAGUCUGCCCGCUAUGGUCGGUCGGCGCAGUGCAUCGCUCACCAGUCCCUCCUAUCCUGGACCGCCCCAACACCCUACUUCCUUGGCCCUUCCUACUCCACCCUGGGGGAACCUAAAUGAACCACGGCGCACACGUAGACACGCCUCUCUUUCUCAAGCCACGGCCCAUCUACAUAAUUCAUAAGGAUGUGGGCGUGGUCCAGACUGAACUAUAUACUUUAUACCCCGCAUAACCUUAAUAAUGCCAUCUGUUUUCCAUCCUGCCAUCCAGAAACGGAAAGGAAAAUGACUUUGAGACAAAACCGGGAUGUUUUAAAAGCACAAUAAUAAAGUAAAUGUUUGAAAAUUAAUAUUUUAAGGCCUUAUAGCACUCGAGAGGGAAUAUAUAGGUGCGUGCGUGUAUAUCUUUCUCCCCCUUAAAUAGUAUAUUUUUAACUUUUUCUAUUUGCAUUUCCAUCAAAUUUUCUUAUCUUUAAGUCUUUGUUUCUUUUAUUUAUCUGUUCAUUUGUUUUCUGGGCUGUGGAGAUUCUGAUGAGAUCAGUAGUAGUGCAGAAAGACAAACGUAAGUGAAGAAGGUUGUUGAAUGUAGUGUGAACGGAUAUAAGGAAGAAAGGAUCGAAGUCUAAAGGAAUUCUGGGAACAUGAAGGUUUCUGUACGUUUAUUUUGAAAAUUUGGUCACUUUGAGUCACGAUGGUUUGCAUUAAGAGAUUUAAAAGUGAAGCACAGGAUUGAGGUGAUGAGCGAAAUCAAGAAUGAAGAGAAAAGAAAUUUGAAGGUCACAUCUCCACAGCCUCCUCUGAAGGUUUCUGAAGGUUCCUCUCUAUAGAUGAGGAGUCCCAAAACUAGAUCAUUCAGAUGUCUAGUCUGUCUGCCUGUAUCCUUGUAUGGUUUAUCAUAUACUUCUUUACAGUCAAACCUUUUGUUUCCCAGCAUGCACCUGGACAUAUCCUCACCCAUCUAAAUCACGUGGUGUUAUUUCACACAGAAUUGAUUCAUUUUUGGGAAAGUCAGUCACAGAAGUGGAUCGCUGAGGAUUUAUUAUUAGUUUGUACAUGUUUUGUGUUGCUACAUUGUUUGUCUCAGCUGUGUUUUUUAUGUGAAAUAAUAUUCAGGGAUUGUAUUUAAUGUAAAUGAAGUGUUGUGUUCACGUGCACUAGAUGUGUCGUUUCAGAUUUCGGAUGGGAACAAAAUUUUCACGUUUGAUUUGGUUUAAGACGAUGCCACGGCAGAAUUCCAAAGGGAAUUUUUUUUUUUUUUUUUGCAUCCUUAUACUAGAUUUUUUUAUUAUGUUAGUACAUCCCUGAGUCGUUUAACAUGCAAAUCAUGUUUUUUUUUUGUUUUUGUUUUUUUGAUAUAACAGAACUGUUAUUUACCAAGCAAGACCUGAUUUCUGUGUUAUGUGGUUUCGGGAUUUUAGAUUGAAUGACCCCUUAGUGACAUCAUUUUUCUCCUCAUCCUCAUUUCUCCUCUUUCUUUCAUUUAAUGCACUUUUGAUUUUUAACUCUUUAGUAUUUUAUUACUAAACAGGCCUAACCUAACAUUUAACAAACUGUUUAAGGUCAUAACUUAAGAUGUAUUAUUUACUAACCUAGUAUCUGAUGUAGAAACUAGAGUUUUAAUAUAUUUGUGUUGGUGGAAUUUGAGAAGGGACUCAAACACCUUGUGUUAUGGAAAUAAACCAAAUUUAUUUGUCCUUUUUUGCACCUAAAUUGUAAUUUUAUAAGCUAAAAUGUUUUUUUGUGGUAGAUGGUGACCACACAGGGAAAAUCGUCUGGUUUAGAGACAUUUGUGAGCUGAGAUGCCAAGAAUACAAACCAAACAUGAUUCGAACUUACAGCUUCAUUACAUAACGCACAACGCAUAAAUAUUUCUUGCAAUUUUACAUCAAACUGUACAAACCUUGUAUAUCAAAACACUUUCUGCAUAUACACCAACAGCUUUGUGUUAUAUACAUUUUUAUUGCAAGAUGAAUUGUACGGUACUGCUUCAUGCAUGGUUUAAUAGUAAUGUAUUGAAGUGUCCUUAUUUACUUCUUCCUGUUGUUGAUGUCAUCGAGCUCUCCGCUGCCAAUCAGGUCAAAUGUUAAUGCUUGAAGACGAUGUCACUUGUAGUGACACCAAACACCUUGUGAUCUGUUUUGUGAUAAUGACAGUUAAAUAGAUAUAGUUUGAUGUCAUGUAACCAUGAUCGUUGUGUUUCCCUGUGUUUAGCUGCUGUCAAAGCCUUGUAUUAGCCUUAUGUCGUUGUUUUUUAUAAUAAAGCAAAAAAAAUCA